AUGGAAGCUCUGCACCAUCACCAAAGCGCCAUUGAUUGCAACAAUAUGGGACUUGCGCACUGGAAUUCCGGUGAAGGUCUUGGUGCCAUUGAAUUUUUGUUCACGGCUUACCGUCACUGCCUAAAAAGCUUCAGUUUUCUGGUCGGGAGUGACAAUGGUGAAGCGAGGAAAGCCAAUUUCAGUGUGAACGAAGCCAUGGAAUCAUGUCUGAAAGCCGUAGGAGAAAAACAAGAGCUUGCAAACAAUGUCUUCCACACAGGCAUCCGAGUCCCUUCCAGUCCUGAAGUGCGGAGCAAUCCCUCAGACGCGAACAAGACCAUGGUUCUGUAUGCGGUAGUCUUUAACUUGGCAGUUGCCCAUCACCUCGUGGCCAAGUGGGGGAACAUCGAAAUGCCCAGUGCUAUGCAAGAAAAUUUCCAGAGAACGGCGAUAGAGUUCUAUCAAAUGGGCUUGCAAAUGCAACAGGAAAUUUCUAGCUGUGGGAUGUACACUAUUGCAAUUUUGAACAAUCUUGCUCAUCUGUACUCGACUUUGGGCGAUGCUGAAAAGUCAGCAUUCUACUUUUCAGAGAUGCUAUCAAGAAUAGCAGCUCUUGAAGAGGCAAUCGUGGGCGAAUACGAUGCUCAUGCGUCCAAGCUACAACAAAUUGCCUCCAGUGCUGCCGCAGCGGCAUGA